AUGAUAUUCUUUGCAGGAAUUUGCACUGCAGUAAUAGCACUAUUCACCGACCUAAACAUCCUCCUCAACCUCGUCUCCAUCGGCACCCUCUUCGUCUUCUACAUGGUCGCCAAUGCAGUGAUCUUCAGACGCUACGUUGCCCGAGGGACCACAAACCCUUUGCCCACGCUCUCCUUCAUGCUCUGCUUCACCCUCACCAGCAUCGCUUUCACCCUUCUCUGGAAAUUCGGGCCGCCGGGCAAGCCCAAAGCCGUCAUGUUGGGCUCCACUGUGGCCUUCGCUAUCGCCGUGGUACAGCUGUUCCAUUUCACGGCCCGUCAGGCCCGAAAACCGGAGUCUUGGGGGGUUCCACUCAUGCCCUGGAUACCUUGCGUUUCCAUAUUCCUCAACAUAUUCCUGUUGGGUUCGCUGGAUGGCCGGUCUUACGUUAGGUUCGGAAUCUUUUCGGCACUUACGGUGCUAUUGUACGUUCUGUACAGCGUCCACUCGAGCUUCGAUGCCGAUAAAAGUGGUUCCCUCGUUCGGGACAGAACUGAUGAAGGAAUUAGUAUGAAGGAGUAUGAUACCAAUGUUCCUACAGGCGAUGCUCCAAAAGUGUGA